UGUUGGGCUGUUUUGGAUCCGUGUAGGAAGGAAAUCUUGAUAGGGAGUUGACACAGAUUCAUUUUGAGCUGUUUUCUCCGUCUAUUGGCACCGAUCACAGCCUCACCAUGCCCGGGAUAGACAAGCUGCCGAUAGAAGAGACGCUGGAGGACAGUCCGCAGACUCGCUCUCUGCUGGGAGUGUUUGAGGAGGACACUGAAGCCAUGUCCAACUACUGUACGCAGCUCUACCAGGCUAUGCAGAGGAUUUAUGAUGCACAGAAUGAGCUGAGUGCUGCAACACACCUGACCUCCAGACUGCUGAAAGAGUACGACAAACAGCGUUUUCCUCUAGGGGGCGAUGAUGAGGUGAUGAGCUCCACCCUACAACAGUUUGCAAAAGUCAUUGAUGAGUUGAGCUCCUGUCAUGCUGUCUUGUCCACCCAGCUUGCAGAUGCCAUGAUGUUUCCCAUCACUCAGUUUAAAGAGAGAGACCUGAAGGAGAUCCUCACUCUGAAGGAAGUCUUCCAAAUAGCCAGCGAUGAUCAUGACACGGCCAUUAACAGAUACAGCCGCCUGUCCAAGAAGAGGGACAACGAUAAGGUGCGGGCGGAGGUGGUGGAGGACGUCUACACCUCCCGCAAAAAACAGCACCAGACCAUGAUGCACUACUUCUGCUCACUGAACACACUACAGUACAAGAAGAAGACGGCUCUGCUGGAGCCGCUGCUGGGAUACAUGCAGGCCCAGAUCAGUUUUUUUAAGCUGGGUUCAGAAAAUCUCAGCCAGCAGUGGGAGGACUUCCUGGGAACCAUAGGAACCAGCGUCCAGAACGUCCGUCGGGAGAUGGAGGAGGAGGUUGGGCAGAUGCAGCAGACCAUCCAGGAGAUGGAGAUGUCAUCUGACCCGCUGUACGUACCAUGUGACCCUGACCCCGUCCACUCACCUGUCUGUCGCAACCUGACCAGGAAGCAGGGCUACCUGUACAUUCGCAAUAAGACGGGCCUGGUGUCGUCAUCCUGGGAGCGUCAGUACUUCUUCACGCAGGGAGGCAACCUGAUGCAGCAGGGCCGGGGCGAGGUGGCGGGCGGCCUGGUCACAGACCUCGACAACUCCUCCGUCAUGGCGGUCGACAGUGACGACCGCCGCUUCUGCUUCCAGGUCACUUCCUUCGAUGGCAAGAAAGUUGUGACGCUGCAGGCGGAGAGCAGGAAGGACUGCGAGGAGGUAAGAGGUCUUCUUAUUUGUCAUGCUAUGAGUUCCUGUUCCUGUUUCCUCACUGUGACUCUUUGCUUCUUCCUCCAGUGGAUCUCCACCAUCAACAACAUCUCCAAGAGGAUCUACCUGAGUGAGAACGCAGAGGAGCUGGCAGCCAGAGUAAACCAAUCAGCUCUUGAAGCUGUGACACCGUCGCCUUCCUUCCAACAGAGACACGAAAGCAUGAGACCCAGCAGUAAAGGGCGCUCGGGCCGAACAAGCAGUAUAAGCUCUGUGGGCUCCGAGCCAUCGCCUGCCAUCUCUGUGCUCUCAUUGGAUGCGCUGGUUGCCCCGGAUACACCCAUCCAGUUUGACAUCAUUUCCCCCGUCAGCGAGGAGAACUCAGGACAGAGCAAGACGGCAGCGCAGUCCGGCAGAAGGAGUAAUCCAUUCGGAGAGUCAGGAGAGAACACAUCAGAAGACAGUGAAGACUCGAUCCUCCACCAGCUGUUCAUUGUUCGCUUCCUGGGCUCCAUGGAGGUGAGGACCGCCGAGACGGCCGACGUCAUCUCUGAGACCAUGAGGCAGAUCCUGGCUGCCAGAGCCAUACACAACAUCUUCAGGAUGACCGAGUCCCACCUGCUGGUCACCUGUGACUGCCUCAAGCUCAUUGAUCCGCAGACACAAGUCACUCGUCUCAGGUUCCCUCUCUCCACUGUGGUCCAGUGUUCCUCCCAUCAGGACAACAAAAGACUGUUCGGUUUCGUUCUGCACUCGGCGAGUGGCCGAGCCGUCUGCUACAUCUUUGAGUCCAACAACGAUGGAGAGAAGAUCUGUGACAGUAUCGGCCUGGCCAAGCAGAUCGCCUUCCACUCUGAGAUGGACCGUAAGUCUGUAGAGAAGAGGAAGGAGCAGGACAAGGCCAAAGAGAAACAGCAGGAGGAACUCAGCAAGCAGAAACAGAUAGAGAAGGACCUGGAGGAGCAGAGCCGUUUGAUCGCUGCCUCGAGUCGUCCUCCGAACCCGCCUGCCUCCGCUGACGGACAGUUCCUAGUGCUUAGCAACAGCCAAUCGGAGGACAGCGAUGCCGGGGACGAGGGGAAGAAGAAGGGCGAGUCUGAAGCCUAACGACACGCAGAGGACGCAUGUUUUUCCCACUCAGGCGAGUCCCAGCUGGUACUGUUAAAGCAACAGCUCAGGAAUCAGAGGAGGGGAAGCAUCAACCCACCCGCCCGCCUGCACGGGGCUGCCUGGAGAUGAAAAACAUGUGAUCCCUCGCUGCUGGACUCGGAGGAGGAGGAGGAGGAGGAGGAGGAGGAAGAGGAGAAGGAGGAGGAGGGUAGGCUUGGAAACGUCUCGUCACGGACUCGUGUUUUACUGUGUGUAAAAGAAAAAAAAAGAAGAAAAAAAAAAGGCUGCUUUUUUUACUGGCUGACACACAAAUAUAGAUUAACCUGCAAGUUUCUUUUUAUUUUAUUUUAUUAUAUUAUUAUUAUUAUUUUAUAAAAAGAGCUAACAGCAACUACAGAGGAUAUAAAGCAAAGCAACAUGUGAGGGAGAAUACAACCAGGAUCUGAAGGCGCUUCUCUUAUGUUCCUUUAUUGGUCGACGCCACUACGCUCCCGCCUCCUGCUGCCGGGGCUCA